AUGCCUGAAAAGUUACAACCUAAAUCGCACAUUAAUCGAGAUUAAUACUCAAUACAUUUUGAGUCAUUGUUUCAGAGCUUAGGCACGUCUUUGACAACAUUGAUGUACCACGCACGUCAAAUCUUGAGUUUGACUCUGGUUACGUGGCCUAAAUAACCUCAAACCGCACGUCUAACCUUAAUAAUCCCCAGCCCCAACCCCCAACCCCACUAUACACACACCCACACUAUCACUGUCGCAAGUGAGAAAAUUCAAUUUUCUUGUUUCUGUGGUUCAAAGAUGGGAAGGAUUUUUGUGGUAGAUCUUGAAGGCAGAACAUACAAGUGCAAAUUCUGCAAAACUCACCUUGCCCUUGCUGAUGAAGUUGUUUCUAGGGGAUUUCAUUGCCGCAGAGGAAAAGCUUACCUGUUCAAUAAAGUGGUGAAUGUAACUAUUGGACCUCAUGAGGAGAGGGUGAUGCUUUCUGGGAUGCACACAGUAGCAGACAUAUUUUGUUGCUGUUGUGGGCAAAUUGUUGGCUGGAAAUAUGAGGCUGCACACGAGGAAAGCCAGAAGUAUAAAGAAGGGAAGUUUGUUCUUGAAAGAGAUAGGAUCAUUGACGGAGUUGACACAGAAUUCUACAUCGAUACUCGUCCAAGUGUCAGUGAUGCGGAGGAUGCAUAGGCUUUGUCAUGUUUGUAUCUAAACUUUGUGUGGUUGCAGCUUGUAGGUCUAGUUUGUAGAUAUAGGAAAGAAGCUAUUUGUAUCUAAGUAUUGUGAGGUUGUGUCUUGUAGGUCUAGUUUGCAAAUAUAGAAAGAAGCUUAUGCAUGUGUGUUUGGUCUACAAUGCAUGACUCCUUAUGUAAGGAGUUUUUCAUCAUGUAAGAAACAAUAGAACUUAAGAGCUAGUAUGGUUUAUGGUUAAAUGCGAAUCGAGAGCCUAAAGGGGUUUUUUUC